CUCCAAACUUUGUUUAUGGGACAGUCCCGGAGCCGCGGCGGCCGCGCUGUCUGCUUCUCCUCCGCCUCCUCCUCCGGGAGCGCGAACGCCUGAGGCCAGUUCAGGGGAUGUGAGAGCCGAAGCCCCUCGGCUGCCAGGCACUGAGUCGGGUCAGGAUUUGCUAACUGGCCUCCGGUUUCAGCUCUGCAAGCUCGGGACGCACCAGAGCGACCCAGGCCGGACGGCGGCCGCCGCACGCCUAGACUCGGCUUCGCUGCGCUCUCAGAAGAUGAAUCCGGCUUCGGCGCCCCCUCCGCUCCCGCCACCCGGGCAGCAAGUGAUCCACGUCACGCAGGACCUAGACACGGACCUCGAAGCCCUCUUCAACUCGGUCAUGAACCCCAAGCCCAGCUCGUGGAGGAAGAAGAUCCUGCCCGAGUCGUUUUUCAAGGAGCCUGAUUCCGGCUCACACUCGCGGCAGUCGAGCACCGACUCGUCCGGCGGCCACCCAGGGCCGCGGCUGGCCGGCGGCGCCCAGCACGUCCGCUCACAUUCGUCUCCGGCGUCCCUGCAGCUGGGCACCAGCACCGGCGCUGCUGGCAGCCCGGCGCAGCAGCACGCGCACCUCCGCCAGCAGUCCUACGAUGUGACCGACGAGCUGCCACUGCCCCCGGGCUGGGAGAUGACCUUCACCGCCACUGGCCAGAGGUACUUCCUCAAUCACAUAGAAAAAAUCACCACGUGGCAAGACCCUAGGAAGGCGAUGAAUCAGCCCUUGAAUCAUAUGAACCUCCACCCUGCUGCCACUUCUACACCAGCACCCCAGAGGCCCAUGGCCAUGUCUCAGCCAAAUCUCGUAAUGAAUCACCAACACCAGCAGCAAAUGGCACCCAGCACCCUGAGCCAGCAGAACCACCCUACUCAGAACCCACCGGCAGGGCUGAUGAGUCUGCCUAAUGCGCUGACUACUCAACAGCAGCAGCAGCAGAAACUUCGGCUUCAGCGGAUCCAGAUGGAGAGAGAGAGGAUUCGAAUGCGCCAAGAGGAGCUCAUGAGGCAGGAAGCUGCCCUCUGUAGACAGCUCCCCAUGGAAGCUGAGACUCUGGCCACGGUUCAGGCUGCUGUCAACCCACCUGCCAUGACCCCAGACAUGAGAUCCAUCACUAAUAAUAGCUCAGACCCUUUCCUCAAUGGAGGGCCAUAUCAUUCGAGGGAGCAGAGCACUGACAGUGGCCUGGGGUUAGGGUGCUACAGUGUCCCGACGACUCCAGAGGACUUCCUCAGCAACGUGGAUGAGAUGGACACAGGAGAAAACGCAGGACAGACACCCAUGAACAUCAAUCCUCAGCAGACUCGUUUUCCUGAUUUUCUUGACUGUCUUCCAGGAACAAAUGUUGACCUAGGAACUUUGGAAUCUGAAGAUCUGAUUCCCCUUUUCAAUGAUGUAGAGUCUGCUCUGAACAAAAGCGAGCCCUUUCUAACCUGGCUGUAAUCAGUACCAUUGUAACGGGUGCAGCCAUGACCUGACAUUUCCUGGGCCCCUUGGAAAAAGCGAUGGAGCAGAGCAAGUCUGCAGGUGUACCACUUUCUGCCUUCAUGACUCAUGCUCCCUCUUUUCCAUGUGGCAGAUUUAAUCAUUGCCUGGAUUUGAUUGACAGUAACUUAAGUUAAACAUAAAUAAAUAUUCUAUUUUCAUGUUAUGCAAGCCUGCAUUCCUGUGGUGGGUUAUGCAGAAUUGCUUCUCUGUUUUUCUCUCUGUGGCCCCAUGACUAAGCUUUAUGGGUUUUAGUUGAAAUUUAUACAUGAAUUGAUUAUAAACUAUAAAAAGCUGACCACAGGCAGUGACCUCUGACAGGUGUCUCGGUCCAGGAAAUGUACACAAAAUUAGACCUGAUUUGCAGUUUCAAAAACUGUAUUGAUGACAGUAGUACCAAAUGCUUUAAGUAUUUAACCCGAGCUUUAAAAAUCAUUGUAUGGAUAGUAAAAUUCUGCUGUAUGGAAUACAAUGUAGUUUUGAAUCCAUGCUGGUUCUGAUGAUUCUUGUUACUCUGUAUUUACAAAGGCACACACAAUCCUGUUGUAGUUUGUUCUCCAUCAUCUUACCGCAGAACAUCUAGACAACUAGUCCUUCCAGCGGGAGAACAUUAGUCACAGCUCCUACACUACAGGUCUUCUGCAACAGACCAGUUUGGUACUAAUUAUAAGCAUCUAUUAAACAAAACUUUUUAAAAUUGCAAGUUGGAUUAAAAAAAAAUGCAGCUUAGAAUUUGAUGUUUAUUUUAUAAAGCACUAUAAUUUUGUAGCUGACAACAAAGGGCAGCCAAACUUUUUUAAUAAAUCAGUGGCGACUAUAUUUUUGUCUUUUGAAACUUCUGAAAAUAUCAGGACAACAUACCUUUCGACCUGGUGGCACACACAGUAAGCUGUUGCUUUUUAAAUCUGAAGCCUUGUUAGUUUUGCUUUCAAGAUUUCAAGUGUUUAAAAUAGUCUUAUCUAUGAAACUGUUUGAAAGAUGAAGCAGAACCCUGACUGAUAUGUAAAAAAAAUGCCCUCUGAGGGUGUAUGGUGGAGACAUAUGUUUCUGAAUUCAGUAAAAUUGAUUCUUAAGUAUAUUAUUCUAACCCUGUUUGCACAGUUGGUAUAAAAAGGCAUGAAAUAUGUACUCAAUACCUCUUAUGUAACCAAAAAUUUUUUUUUUUUAUUAACUUUUAAGGACUGAGAGAGAGCAUCAGGUUCACCUGGCGUGCACUCUGCCUGCAUUGCCAAUGAAGUCCUCAACUGUUUAAUGUUUUCAACUGACAUUAUUUAUAACUUAUGAAUUUAAUAUCUUUUAAAAAAGACAUUAAUAAUUCAGGUCUCUGGGAGGAGCCUUUCAAUUCCCAAGGGAGGCUUAUUUGUUCGGGAUCUGAAGAUCUUUUUGAUCUAUCAAAUGCAGAUGAGCAGAAUACAUUUUAUCUUGUUGGAAGGAAGGCAAGUGAAAAGGUCAGAGAUGAAGUAGUAAAGUUAUGGAAUAUAGUGGAAAGGACGCUAGUUGUGAAGUGGAAAUAGACAUUAUAGUACCCCCAAAGCAAGACAAGCAGGAACAAAAUACCAAUUUUCUGCUACAACAUUUAUAGCAAAAGAGUGUUGUGGAAGAAAAGAAGGCUCUGGUGCACUUUAGGUGGGUGAAGGAGGGGCAGGCGGUGUUGGCCUGUCCGCGCUGACACCGAGCAUUGGGCAGACGAGAGCAUACGCCUGCUGUUGCUUCCAACACAAUGCAGUGACUUCUUUUUCCUGAAAGAAAUGUUCCUCUGAUUCCUUUUCUCUCUCUGGGUGCUCUAGAGGGAACGGGGUGAUGUUUAUGUUGCUACUAAAUUGAAGGGCGCACUAUUUCUUUUUCUCUUUUGUUAGCAAUAAUUGCAGAAAGAGUUGUACAUUCUUUCUAAGGAAAAAAAACAAGGGACCUAACAAAACUGAGCAGUGUUACUGUAUUUUUAAAAAAUAUUUUUAUAGACUCAUUUUCAGGUUAUUAAACGUAAAAGAAACAGAUACCCCUCUUUUUUUUUUUUAAAGUAGUUAAAACAUCAGUGGUUUGUAGUAUCAAUUUUUAGAAGUAAUUUCCUAGGAAGCUUGUGGCAUUAGAAAAUAUUAGAAUCUUUUUAGUAAAAUUAGUUGAAACAUUUAUUAAUGAACAUAACAAAUAUUUUUCCAGAAUUAAAUAUGGACCCUGAUUAUGUGUUUACUAAUACAUAAAGCUAGAUAUAAUUUUUUUGUGUUUGUUUUUAAGGCCACAAAAUAUGGCCUUUAUUAAAGAACACUAAAUCUAGAUAUCUAAGUAAGAACAACUUUUUAAAGACUAUUUCCUAUUAUUGUAAGUGUUAAAAUCCCUGCAGAAUCAUGAUAAGGUGCUAUUUAUACUGUUUUUCUUAUUAUAGAACAACUGCCAGGAUAUCUAGUCUUUUUAGUCCAAAUCAAUCAAUAGAUUUCAACAUUUCAUCCAAUAGUUUUACCAUAGAAAAGGCAUAUUAAAAAUUGAAAUUGAAAAAAUAAUUUCAGAGAUCUUUUUUUCAAGGUAUGUUUUUUUCCUGAUAAAACACAUUUUCUUGAAGUAAAUACAUUGUCAGAACCUAUUUGCAACUCUAUUAAAUCUAAGUAAUUCUUAAUGUUUCACCAUAAUACUUAGGAUGUGAAAUGCCAUCUCUUUCACUGAUCAUACAAUAUAGGAGAAGCACAUAAAAACGGUGUGCUGGGGUGCUGUUCCCCAGUGCGAGAGAAAAGCUCUCUGUGGAAGGUGAACUGGAGUGAGAGAAGUGUUGCUAAUUACCAGUUGUGUUCUCAUGACAUAAUUAGAAAGUAACUUUUGAAAGUACAAGUAUGAAAAAAAUGAGUUGUUAAAAAAAUAGAAAAUUGUAAAUUAAUUUAAUUGAGAAAAUGGACAAUUGACGGAGACUGUUUCCCUAACACACUACAUCAUUUAUGUGCUAGUACUUUAACUUAAAAAAAAAUUUACUCCUACAUUUUUUAAAUAUGACAUAUGUGUGUUUAUUUUUAAUUUAGAAUGCUAUGCGUGCAGAAAGUAUGCUGCCAGAUCAGUCAUAUCAAACUAUUUUACCUGGAGUUUGGUACUGGUUUUUACAUCUCUGAUUCUGUGUAAGAAAAAUAAAUACAGUUGAAUUUUCACUUGGAA